AUGAAACUUUGGAAAAAAAUUGAUAUCUUCUCUGAGUAAUUUAUCUUUAAUAUAGAAGAUAAAGAUAGGUAAAAAAAAGCAACAUUCCUGGGUUUAGGACUAUCUACAUUUGUGUUCAUAGCAACUCUAGGAUAUUUUAUCUACUAACUUAUUUUGUUUUCAACCAACUAAAUACAGCCUAUCUUUAGAUAAUAAAGUUUUAUCUAAAAUGAUCUUAUACAGACUGAACUAAAUAAUGAACUAGUUGCAUUCAAAAUGGAUUCUGGUGAUUUUGUUUAUCAACCCAACAAAACUUACCUAGUUUUUAUGGCUUAUUUUUUCUAAUAAGGAUAAAAUAGAACUUUUAUACAAUUAAAUGCAAUUGAUUGUUAAAGUAAAGAUCUUUAAGGAUAUAAGUGCUUAGAUUUUUCUUAAGUUUCUAACUAAACAUUUUCUUUAAACACAUUAGAGAAUUUAUAUUCUUAAAUAUAAAUCUUUGCAUACGGUUGUUUAGAUGUGGAUAAGGUUAAAACUUUCGUUCCUGAUGAUUGCGCAAGUUAAGAUGACAUAGACGCUCUUGUAAAUGGUGUCAAUGUAGGAUUAAGGUAUAAAAUUUAUACUGCUUAAUAUAAUACAACAUCUAUGAAAAUGGAAUCAGAUUACAGAAAUAUUUUAGUUUACACAUUUGCAAGCUAAGCUAUAGUAACUUUUUUGAAUAUGUAAACGUAAACAACAAAUGUAAAAUAAGGAUUAAUUUGGUAAUAGAAUUAUUAUUAUUCUUCUCCAUUGCAAUAUGGGUAAAUUAAUUAAAGCAUGGAUAGAAAAUCAGCUCUCCAUGAUGGAUAAGGUCCUUUUAAUUCUUUUGUAUUGCAAAUGGAUGAAAUAGUUUAUUAAAUCCAGAUUUAAUACUCAACAUUACCUUAAAUUCUAGCUAUUGUUAAUGGAGUUUUUUCACUUUUGAUGUUAAUAGGGUAUGUAGGAAAAAAGUUUUCUUAAAAGAAAAUAAAUGAUGAUUUUCUUUUGCUAUUUUUGAAGAAUAUUUUUUCUGGCUAAUAUUUCACAAUACUUCAAUCAAGCAAACUUCUCUAAUCCGACUAAAAAGAAAGUAAUUUUGUGACAACUUAUUUAGAAAAUAGUAGCAAUUUAUUUGAAAAUAAAUAAAUAGUAUAUGAUUCAAAAGAAAGUGAUUUAAUAAAAGAAAAUAAUAAUAAUAAUUCUAAUAACAAAAAUAAAUAGGAUAAUACUAAUGAGUAGUAAUUUGAAAAAUAGACAAAUGAUUAAGAAAUUUCUUUACCUAACUUCAGAGUGAAAUAAAAAAGAUCUUUAGAAUAUCCUUAAAUAAAUACUUAAGAGUUAAAUAAUUAGGCUUAAAAUAACACUAACUUACAAAAAUAAUAUUCUUAUAGAAAUUAAUUUAGAAUUAAAGAAUAAGAAAAGUUUAGUGAUCAAUAAUAAUAUAAAGACGAAACAAGUGAUUAGGAAACUAUUUUAAGCCCAACUUAAUUGCAAACACUAUAAAGUAGCCCAAAAAAUGCUUUACUUAAAAAUAAAAAUUUAAGUUAGAUUGCAUUUUCAAAUUAUUUUCCUUAAUCUCCAAAUUAAAAAAGUAUCAACCAAAAAAAAUUUAUCAACACUCAGUCAGUAAAUGAGUAAGACUCUUAAACUUAAGCUCUAAGAAGAAAUUAAUCUAUAAUAAAUAGUAUUAACUUGAAAGAUAAGAUAGAUAAAUUAAAUGCUCUUCAAAGUGAACAAAUUUCAAAUCUUGCGAUGCAAAAUAUUUUAAAGCUAAAUAAAGGCUCAAAGAUAUCAAAAGAAAUUUUAUUAGGAUUUGACAGUAAAAGGAAGAAGAUGGUUUAUGACUAAAUCAUAAAUGAUCUUAACAUUUACUAGCUCUACAAAGAUAUUUUAUUUUUGAAAAAAGCCAUAAUGGUUUUGUUUAGUCAAGAGCAAUUAGCUACUUUAAAACUCUUAGGUUGUUCAUCAAGUUUUUUGGAUUUAAAAAGUGAAUUAACUAAUUUAGAUCUUCGAAAAAUACAACAAUUAAGGAAAGAAAACAAAAUAAACUAUUUAGACGAAUAGUUUUUGAUUUAUUAAUCUGAAUAACUUCAAAAACAAUAGUUAGAGUAAUUUUUAAUAAGGGUAAAAAAUGAAGUAAACAUAAAUGAAAUAGAUAAAAGAUUAAUAUCUUCUUUAUGUUGA